AGGAGAGGGAGACACACACCUGCAGGCCUGCUCCACCGCUCGUGAAGGUCCCUGCUGCUGGGGCCCAGGGCCUCGAACCCAGGUCCUCGUGCCCGGCAGCGUGUGGUCCUUCUCUCCCGGGGCCCGGCCCACCUGUCUCCAUGCCUCCGGCCCCUGGUUCUGGGAGAGAACCCGGCGUGGGGGCGAGCUGACCUCACACUGCCCGUUGCGGGUCGGAACCGGCACAUUCCGUGGGGGCCGCGUCCCGAGCAACCGGGGCGGGAGCUGGGCCGUAGCCAUGGCUCCCCCAGGACGGGCGGCCGCGGGUCAGGGGAUGGCGGGCGGGGCCCCGCAGGCCGCAGCCUUUCUGCUUCUGCUUGUGGGGGGGUGUCCACCUCGCUCCUGCCUCCCCGUCCCAGCUCCAGCUGCUGCGGAGCCCUCACCACACCACAGGCUGCACGAGAUGAUCCCGCACAGACCGGCUCUCACACAAGUCAUUCUGGUGGCCUGCGUGGCCCUCGGCGUGGCGCUGGGUUGUGGGAUGGCGGUUUCCUGCGGGAUCUACCGACUGGUCCAGCGCGAGGAGAGGCGGCAGCUGGCUUUGCUCUACAGAAACAUCAAGAUCCCGCCGUUUGAGGAUGAGGACGAGGCCUCCGACGACGGGAGCCGGGAGUCCACCUACCUGCUUCCCGAGAACGAGAAGGAGCUGGAGAAGUUCAUCCAUUCAGUUAUUAGAUCCAAAAGAAGAAAGCACAUGGACAGCAAGAGGAUAAAGAGGAAAGCACUGCUGACACAAGAGCCACCCACAGACGGAGUCCAGCCCAGCGCAGAAGCCUGGGCUAGCUGACCAGUGUCGCACACAGCCAGUGGGAUGGACUGUGUUGGAGCGAGGGGUGUGGACAUGGACACUGGGACUCUGGAAGCCCUGGCCCUAACCCUGUGUGGGGGCUCGAGAAAGGAAGGCAAGCUCUGUGGAUGGGAAAUAAAUGCACAUUAGACAGUC